UUCCGGUCAUAGAAAUGGCCGAGUUGCUCUUAGACUCGGACAUCCGAAUUUGGGUGUUUUUACCCAUUGUAUUGAUCACAUUUUUCACUGGAAUCAUAAAACACUAUGUAACGAUACUUUUAUCAUCAGAAAAGAAGACUGAACUACAGCAAGUUACUGAUAGUCAUGUGUUGAUAAGGAGCAGAAUCUUAAGAGAAAAUGGAAAAUUCAUUACAAAACAGGGGUUUUUAAUGAGAAAAAGCUUUUUUAAUGCAGAAAAUUCAGGAUAUUUUAAAACAGAAAAGAGGGAAUCUACUGCCAAAAAUCCAAUGACAGAUCCCUCAAUGAUGACAGACAUGCUGAAGGGAAAUGUCACCAAUGUGUUACCUAUGAUCAUUAUAGGAGGAUGGAUUAACUGGGCAUUCUCAGGGUUCUUAACAACCAAAGUUCCAUUUCCACUCACUCUACGAUUUAAGCCCAUGUUACAGAGAGGGGUAGAGCUGGCAUCAUUAGACGCUUCAUGGGUCAGUUCAGCAUCCUGGUAUUUCCUCAAUGUCUUUGGAUUGAGAAGUUUAUAUACGCUUAUAUUAGGACAGGAUAAUUCGGCUGAUCAGACCAAAGCCAUGCAGGAGCAGAUGUCGGGGGCGGGAAUGAUGACUCCUCCUGAUCCAAUGAAAGCCUUCAAAGCGGAGUGGGAGGCGCUAGAGGUCUGUAACCACCAAUGGUGUCUUCAGGGGGUGGAGGAAGAUUUGAUUGACGGGCCAGUGCAACCAGAGACAAUUUACAUCAAAAACAAAUAUGCAUAAUCAUUAUCCAUUCACAAAUAGAUCCUGAAAGUGAUGUAAAGGAACAAGACUUUCUGUUAAAGAAUCUGACAUCUGGAUGUUUUCUUUUUGUUGUCUGAUGUGGCAUCAGUGUAUCCCACAAUCAUUUCAUAUUCAUGGAAAUUCUCUCUUCUCGUUGAUAUUGGUUGGAGACUUAAAGAUUAAGAUACCUUGUAUUCAUUAAUACACAUUAAAUUUAUAUAUUAUUAAAAGAUCUACUGAAUAGGAUGAUUAGAUGGAUAUUGUCCUAGGCUACCUUUAAAAUAAAUGAAUAAAUGUUUUCUAUAAAAGAAUUCAUUAAAAGGUGCAGAAGACUUGAAUAAAAUCAAUGAAAUGAAAAAAAAAUAUUAAUAAGAGUUUACUUACUAGUCAUCACCAGAUCCUGAAAUUAUUAAUAGUCGGAGAAAUAAAUAUUAAUUAAAUGAGGUGCUUUUGACAUUUGUUAAAAUGCAACUUGGGAGUAAUUUUUAAUUGAUGUAUAAUAAAACUCACCAAACUGUGUA